UAAUUUAACUAUACUAAAAAUCUAACAAUUCAUAACGUGUAGCUAAAGGUUGAAGCUAUGUUAAGAAGAACCUGAGCAACAUCCAACAAGCUCAUUUGACAUUUGUGUCAAAGACAGCUCUCCUUGAUUGGCCAAACUCUGUCACGUGAUUCGAAUACGAUCCUUUGAUUGGUUCAUUCUGUGAGGUACUUCAUCGCGAUUGGCUAAAUGGGAGGUACGGAGAGUAAAGUCGGUUUCCGACGGGCCAUCGUCAACUUAACUGGACGAACUAACCAAACAAUAGAUACAUCAGAUGAUGCGUUCUGGGAUCAGUUCUGGAGUGGAACUGUGAACAACAUCAGCGAUAUAUUCGCUCUCGUUACUGCUGAUGAUAUCCACACCCUACGCGAAGAAUCUCCCGCCAACUUCAUGACGCUUAUUUACAAGGCUGUGGAGAAGUUGGACAGUUCUGUAAUUGCUGGUCCAAGCAUGAGUUUAUCAGAACAAGCUAUCGUGUUAAAUUGUGUACGAUUACUGACAAGGCUUAUACCGUUCGUAUUUGAAAGUGAGGAAUGGAGGUCAUUCUUCUGGUCUAAGAACUCGAUCGAUCUAGAGGAUUCUUUACACGGAGAAAGUUGCGGAAACGCCCCUUUAGCUCAGAUACUCCUCAAAAAGCUAUCCGAUUUGCUAUUCUGCCCUGAUUUCACUAUAGUCGCCCCUGCAACAGUUGGUCCGGACACGUUAGAAGAUUUUAGUAUUGAGAGUAUCCAACAUAUCUGGGAGAAGGGUGUCGGGUUCGCCUACUCGAGGAAAACACCUCCCCAAAUCGACAGCAACAGGACCGAGAUAUUGAAACUGUUACUGACUUGUUUUUCGGAGACCAUGUACUACGUUCCCUCUGACUCCUCGCAGCCGAACCUAUGGUUAUCCUACUUCACGUCCAUCGAGAACAAACAUGCACUACCUCUCUUCACCUCACUGCUCAAUGUGAUAUGUGCGUACGACCCGCAGGGGUACGGUUUACCAUACCAGCAUGUAAUGUUCUCCGACCACAGGGAACAGCUUGUCGAGGUUAGCGCACAGGUCCUGAUGGUGAUUCUGGACCACGAGUCAGCUAGCAUGCAGUCAAUAGACGAGAAAUCAACCCCAACCAACUACUUCACAUAUUUCCUCUCCCGAAUACAUCGGGAGGAGGACUUUCAUUUCAUCCUCUGUGGUCUUAUAAAACUUCUCAAUAACCCUCUUCUACAGACGUACCUGCCAAACAGCUGCAAGAAGAUUGGUUUUCACGAGGAGCUUCUGGUGCUGUUUUGGAAGAUGUGUGAUUAUAAUAAGAAAUUUCUCUUCUACGUGUUGAAGACGAGUGAUGUGUUGGAUGUUCUAGUUCCGAUACUUUACUAUCUGACCGAGUCUCGCAAUGAUCCUGGUAAAGUAGGUUUGAUGCACGUUGGCGUGUUUAUCCUCCUCCUGCUAAGUGGAGAACGUAACUUUGGGGUGAGACUUAACAAGUUGUAUUUAACCAGAGUUCCAAUGGACCUCCCCAUCUUCACCGGAAACCAUGCUGACCUUCUUAUACUGGUUUUCCACAAGAUAAUAACAUGUGGCCACCACAGACUUCAGCCUCUCUUCGACUGUAUCCUCACCAUCAUAGUGAACAUUUCUCCCUACCUGAAACAGAUGUGUAUGGUUUCCUCAAGUAAACUGAUGCACCUUCUCGAGGCGUUCUCGACACCAUGGUUCCUGUUUGCAAAUCAUACUAAUUACCACCUCGUCUUCUUCCUUCUCGAGAUCUUCAACAAUAUUAUCCAGUACCAGUUCGAUGGAAACGCUCACCUGAUGUACAGCAUAAUACGUAAAAGGCACGUGUUCCACCAACUGAGCAACCUCCCAGAGGAUCCGACCACAGUUUCCAAACCUAGCAGGAAGCGAACAGACCAGGAGGCUGAACAACAAAUGUUCAGUAAUGACGAGUGGCAACCCUCUAAAGAAUGGGUUGCGUCGUGGAGAAAGAAACUUCCUUUACAGACAAUAAUGAGACUUCUACAGGUCUUAGUUCCCCAAGUGGAGAAGAUCUGUAUAGAUAAGAACCUAACGGACGAGAGUGAGAUAAUAACAUUCCUCCAGAACGGCACACUAGUCGGCCUACUUCCCGUACCCCACCCCAUACUCAUGAGAAAAUAUCAGCCGAACGCUGCUACCUCAGUGUGGUUUAGACGAUACAUGUGGGGACUGGUCUUCCUUAGGAACACAGCGCCACCCAUCUGGUGUGAAACAACGAUAAAACUCUUCGAAGUACAGAAGAUGUGAUAUCAACCAGGAAGCCACACUGGAAGAGGCACCUAAUGAUUGCAGCUAGUUUAUAGUUUAAAUCUAAAUUAUUAUUAUUAAUAUGUGAUCGAAAAUUUUGCCGCAGUUUAUGAGGAUGAUGACUUAUAUUUGAAUGAUUGAAUGUGUUUCUGAUUAUUUUUAGGGUUAGUCCCACGACUCCUAUUCUUCUUGUUUAAACAUAAUUUUUAUUGAAAGCUUAUAAUAUUAAAUAUACUUCGUCAGUAAAUUAAUGACAUGAUUAAUAAAUUGCUGAUUUGAUUACCUAUUAUUUAUUCUUACCCCGCAUUGAUGGCAGAUUUUAUAGGUGCCAUUAAUCAUUAAAACGGUUUUAAGCUGCCAUUGAAAUUGACCCCCUUCCACCGUUGAUUCACUUUGACAUUAAAUAUAGAAAUAUUUAAAAAUAUGCACCUGAGCGUAAUUUGAUAUGACUCAAAUUUGAGAAUAUCAGAACAAUCAUUUUGAUUGUGUCCUUGUUUAUUGUCUACGAUCUAACGAUUACUAACUUGUUUACAUAGUUAGAAUCUGUCAUAAAAAUGAUUAAUAAUCAACCUUCAUUGUUAGAGUAGGUAAGAAGAUGUUUAAGUUGGGUUUACAACGCAAUCAUUUUAUUAUGAUGUUUAAAGUUUUUCCUAUUUUAUUUGUACUGUCAUUCCUAGACAGAAUUUAGAACUAGAGUAAGCGAAAGUAUCGUAUUUGUAAGCUAAAUAAUGAUUGAUUGCUAUUUAAACUGAAGUCAGCAUUAGUGGAUGCUUUAUUGUUUGCGAACUUGAAAGUUAAAAAUAUUAAAAUGAUAUUAAAAUUAAAGUUAAUGUCACUUUAUGUGACCAUUGCCAUUUUUAAUCUAUUAUUUAGUCCGUUUUGUCGUCAUAUUAUGUGUACAAUUGAUAAGUUAACCUUAUUUAUUAAUGGAAUAGAUUUGUGUAAAAAUAUUAUAACAGUUCCCGAAUUUAAUUUUUUUUGCUGGCAAGGUAUCUUUAUGUCAAAAAAAUUGGCCGGACAAGGAUUUGUGUAUUUUGUUUGUUUUCUGUCGCUGAUGUGUAAAUUUAACCAUCUAAGUUUAUUUGAAAUUUAAAUUCCGUCGAAUAAUCGUCUUUUAUUUUUUUGAUUUUGCAGUUAUCCCAUGCUAC